CCUCACUCUUUGUCACUGUCCGCAAACGUCGGGUACGGUGGCCUCCAUGGACGAUGAUCAGCCGACAAGCUGGACUGCGGAGAGCUGGGAGCAGAGGGGAGGAGGAGAGAUAGCUCGAACGUCAGGAUCCCAGAGCUCAGGAGUCUUGCUCGGUCACCCAGGCUGGAGUGCAGUGGUGAAAUCUCAGCUUACUGCAACAUCCACUUCCCAGGUUCAAGCGAUUCUCCUGCCUUGGCCUCCCAGUGUAGUGGCACAGUAUCAGCUCACUGCAACCUCCACCUUCCAAGUUCAAGUGAUUCUCAUGCCUCAGCCUCCUGAGUAGCUGGGACUACAGACGGAGUCUGUCUCUGUCGCCCCAGGCUGGAGUGCAGUGGCGCGAUCUCGACUCACUGCAAUCAAAAGGAGACAUUUUUACAUUGAGACAUAUACAGGGAAUAUGCCCUGUGAACAUGAAGAUGGCCAUAUGCAAGCCCAGGAGAGAAGCCUGGAAGAGACCGUUUCCUCACAGCGCUCAGAAGGAACGAACCCUGCCAACAUCUUGCUUUCAGAUGCCCCCAGGAUUGUGAGACAAUAAGAUCUGUCAUACUGGAUUAAGAAAGUGUGGCACAUAUACACCAUGGAAUACUAUGCAGCCAUAAAAAAUGAUGAGUUCGUGUCCUUUGUAGGGACAUGGAUGAAACUGGAAACCAUCAUUCUCAGUAAACUAUCGCAAGGACAAAAAACCAAACACCGCAUGUUCUCACUCAUAGGUGGGAAUUGAACAAUGAGAACUCAUGGACACAGGAAGGGGAACAUCACGCUCCGGGGACUGUUGUGAGGUGGGGGGAGGGGGGAGGGACAGCAUUAGGAGAUACACCUAAUGCUAAAUGACGAGUUAAUGGGUGCAGGAAAUCAACAUGGCACAUGGAUACAUAUGUAACAAACCUGCACAUUGUGCACAUGUACCCUAAAACCCUAAAGUAUAAUAAAAAAAAAAAAAAAAGAUCUGUCAUUGACGCCACCCGGCUGGUGACACUUAGGUACAGCAGCCCUAGCAAAUGAAUACACCCCCAUUAGAACUAAGCUCCCUGGGAGCGGUAAGCUGCCUUGUCUUGCUCACAGCUGUCCCAGAACACGCCUGUACGGUCACUUAGCACCUAGUACUGCCAUUUAACCGUUUCACUAGUAUGUAUGAAGCGGAGAGCCUGUCAAGGGAAGAGCUGAAUCUUUUAUCUUUUGUGACAACUACCCAGUGAAGGAAACCGCGGGUAUGCAAUAAAAACCUGUUGAAUCGAUUAAACCAUUUCACUUAUUUCCAGAUUUUUGCGGAGAGCGCCAGUAGGUGCAAUAUGUGCGGACUGAUGAGUCACAGCUCUUAUUCCCUGGGCUGCAUUAAUACUCACGACGUGCUUUUCGCUCUCCAGACAAAGAGACCGGUACUUGGCAGGUCCCUCAAGUGGGACUCAAAAGACCGAACCCAGCUGCAGCCUUUCGCUAGCACUGUUCCUCGCCCCUUUUGGCAUCUUGGUACUUGUAGUUUUGUCCACUCUAUCUUUACCCGAAAAGCCAGCGCUGAGACCACAACUCCCAUCACCCUGCGAGCACCGGCGCCUUCAGAGCGCAUCCUCCGAGGGGCACCAGCGCCAUUGACCACCCUGCUGGCCGAAGGGCCCGCCUUCCCGAGGCCAGGCGCUCCCGCGAUUGGCCAGCCGCCCCGCCUCUCAUCGGAGGGCGCCAGGUGAAUGAAAGGGGGGCGUGUUGGUGCGCGGAGCUCCGUGGCUGCGCUGCUGGAACCCGCUGGAAGAGAUACAGGUUUCCUCUGGAGCAGCAGCAGCUGGCGGAGCAAUGGAGAUGCAAUCCUAUUAUGCCAAGCUCUUGGGGGAGCUGAAUGAACAGAGGAAGAGGGACUUUUUCUGUGACUGCAGCAUCAUUGUGGAAGGGCGGAUCUUCAAGGCCCACAGGAACAUUUUGUUUGCUAACAGCGGCUACUUCCGAGCCCUGCUCAUUCAUUAUAUCCAGGACAGCGGGCGGCAUAGCACCGCCUCCUUGGACAUUGUCACCUCUGAUGCCUUCUCCAUCAUCUUAGAUUUCCUCUAUUCUGGGAAGUUGGAUUUGUGUGGGGAGAAUGUGAUCGAAGUGAUGUCGGCUGCCAGCUACCUGCAGAUGAAUGACGUGGUGAACUUCUGCAAGACAUACAUUAGGUCAUCCCUCGACAUUUGUCGAAAGAUGGAGAAGGAGGCUGCUGUGGCUGCAGCAGUGGCGGCGGCAGCGGCGGCGGCUGCAGCGGCGGCGGCAGCGGCGGCUCAUCAGGUUGACAGUGGAAGCCCCAGUUCAGGCCGAGAGGGGACCUCCUGUGGUACCAAGAGCUUGGUCUCCUCUCCAGCCGACGGAGAAAAGAGCGUGGACUGCCUGAGAGAGUCCCCUUGCGGUGACUGCGGAGACUGCCACCCCUUGGAACUGGUGGUGAAAGACAGCCUUGGCGGUGGCUCGGCUGACAGCGACCUCUCUACUCCACCCAAACGGAUAGAGCCCAAGGUGGAAUUUGAUGCUGAUGAAGUGGAGGUGGACGUUGGUGAACAGCUGCAGCAGUAUGCUGCCCCGCUGAACCUGGCCCACGUGGAGGAGGCCUUGCCAAGCGGCCAGGCGGUUGACUUGGCUUACAGCAACUACCACGUGAAGCAGUUCCUGGAGGCGCUCUUGCGCAACGGCGCUGCCCCGAGCAAGGAUGAUGCGGACCAUCACUUUUCUCGGAGUUUGGACGGAAGACCAGAAGGUGCAGGAGUAGCCAUGAGUUCCAUGAUGGAUGUCCAGGCUGACUGGUAUGGAGAGGACUCAGGUGAUGUGCUGGUGGUCCCCAUCAAGCUCCACAAGUGUCCUUUCUGCCCUUACACUGCCAAACAGAAGGGCAUCCUCAAGCGGCACAUCCGUUCACACACAGGCGAGCGUCCCUACCCCUGUGAGACCUGUGGCAAGAGGUUCACUCGACAGGAGCACCUGCGGAGCCACGCGCUGAGUGUCCACAGAUCCAACCGUCCAAUCAUCUGCAAGGGCUGCAGGAGAACAUUCACGAGUCACCUGUCCCAGGGGCUGCGGCGCUUCGGGCUGUGUGACAGCUGCACCUGCGUUACAGACACACCCGAUGAUGACGAUGAUUUGAUGCCCAUCAACCUUAGCUUGGUGGAGGCUUCAUCCGAAAGCCAAGAAAAGAGUGACACAGACAAUGACUGGCCAAUCUAUGUGGAGUCGGGUGAGGAAAAUGACCCCGCUAGAGAUGAUUCUGAUGACAAACCACAAAUUCAGCCCAGCUUGUCAGACCGAGAGACACUUACGUAGCAAUAAAUUGGUGGGGAAGAGGUUUUAGAACUUGUUAGUGCUCAUUCUGGUUGUUGAAAGAUACCAUUUGUCCAAUUUUGUGGAACCUUGAGAGAAACAUUUUUUCACUGUUAUUAUAUGUGCAUUUUUAUUAGACUAUCUGAUAGAGGUUGGAUUUUGUGACUCAAAGGACAGAUAAC